CUCAGUGAGCUGUAAGCUGCAUAAGCCUUUGAUAAUUCUCAUACACUCCUUGAGAAAAUUUUGAUGUUCACAAGAUACUAAAUUAAUCUUGGGGGCUUGGAUCUUUAAAUGAAAGCCCUGUACAGGAGCAAUAAAUCUUGUAGAUCAUUCAGUAGUUUGCAUCGCAGAAGCAUUUCAUUGAUUAGCACUGCUGAAGUUGAGCCACCAACCCAAGAAGCAGACAAUGUUUGGGUAUGUACCAGAGCUGAUUUUUUGCAGAUUCAGCAAUCCCUCAUUCGAAAAUGCGCCAAAAAGCGAGCAUUUAUGCAAGGCAAAUCCUGCCAUGCACAGAUAAUUCACUUUGGUUUAGAAGCAGACACUUUGACUUCAAACAUGCUGAUUAAUAUGUACUCCAAGUGUGGCGUUGUGCGUUACUCUCGCAAAGUGUUCGAUGAAAUGCGUCUUAGAAGUGUGGUUUCGUGGAACACUGUGAUUGCAGCGCACACUCAAAAUGGGAGUGGAGAAGGGGCUUUAGACCUUUUUGUGAGGAUGCUGAGAGAAGGGUCGGAGUUCAGCGAGUUUGCGCUGUCAAGUGUGCUGUGUGCUUGUGCGUCCAAGAUUUUGGCUUUUGAGAGUAAACAAUUGCAUGCUUUUUCUAUUAAGGCAUCAAUGUCUUUCAAUGCGUUUGUGGGCACUGCUUUGCUUGAUGUUUAUGCUAAGUGCCAUCUCAUCAAUGAUGCUCUUCGGGUGUUUGAAUCCAUGCCGGAAAAGAGUGAUGUUACUUGGAGUUCAAUGAUGGCUGGGUUUGUACACAAUGAGCUUUAUGAGGAAGCUUUAGGUUUGUUUCUAAGGGCACAAAGGUCUCAUGCAGCAACUAGUAUGUUCACCAUAUCUUCGGUCCUUAGUGCCUGUUCUGCCUUGGCCGCACUAAUAGAGGGGAAACAAGUGCAUGCCGUGGUGUAUAAAAUCGGUUUUGGUGCAAAUGAAUAUAUUACGUCAUCGCUUGUAGAUGUGUAUGCUAAAUGCGGAAGCAUUAAAGAGUCUCAUGAUGUUUUUUCUAAUGUGGAGGAGAAGAAUGUCGUUCUGUGGAACACGAUGAUAUCUGGUUUUGCUAGACAUUCCAGAUCUUUAGAGGCUAUGAUAUUAUUUGAGAAAAUGCAGCAGAUGUUUUUGUUCCCAAAUGAGGUAACUUAUGUUUCUCUGUUAUCUGCAUGUGCUCAUAUGGGGUUGGCUGAAAAGGGGCGCAAAUAUUUUGACAUGAUGAAGAAAGAACAUAACUUGUCUCCCAAUGUCUUUCACUACUCAUGCAUGGUUGAUAUUCUUGGCAGGACUGGACAGCUUAAUGAAGCUAAGGAUUUAAUUGACAAAAUGCCAUUUGAGGCUACAGCUUCCAUAUGGGGGUCACUCUUAGCUUCUUGCAGGGUUCAUCGGAAUGUUGAGUUGGCAGAGGUCGCAGCUAGAAAAUUGUUUGAGAUUGAACCUAAUAAUGCAGGGAAUCAUGUGCUGCUUUCCAACAUAUAUGCUGCGGAUGGGAGGUGGGAGGAUGUUGCAUCUGCAAGGAAGGUUCUUAAAAGUAGUGAAGCUAAGAAGGAGAGAGGUAAGAGUUGGAUCGAAAUUAAAGACAAAGUUCACUCCUUCAUGGUUGGGGAGAGGACUCAUCCACAGAUUGCUGAGAUAUAUUCAAGAUUGAAUAACUUGCUGGACGAGAUGGAAGAACUGGGAUUCAAAGGCUACAUUGAACAUGAUCUGCAUGAUGUUGAAGAUGAUUACAAGAGGGAACUACUAAAGCAUCAUUCUGAGAAGCUUGCUUUUACUUUUGGGUUAAUGUACUUACCUUCUUAUGCACCUAUAAGAAUAAUGAAGAACCUAAGGAUCUGUGGGGAUUGCCAUGAAUUUAUGAAGGUUGCUUCUACCCUCACAAGGAGGGAAAUUAUUGUCAGGGACAAUAACCGGUUCCACCAUUUUAGGGAGGGAUACUGCUCAUGCGGAGAUUUCUGGUAGUAGACAUUUGCAUAAGAAGCUUGUGGUGAAUUACUUUAUCCUCCUUAACACAAUGCCUGUGAUUCGGGCAUUGAAUGAGUACGCUGAUUCUUGUCAUUUAGAAUGGAGCCAUCCCCUGCCUUGUGAAAUGAGUUUCUUUGGCUUGCGAAAUUCAAGAUAAGGAAGUAUUGGAACGCUUACUACUGAACUCAGUAGAUCGCCUCUCUCUAUGCCUCUACAUUUGGUGAAUCCAU